GUUGCCCCUUGUCAAUCUUUGCUUGUGUAUUUGCAGAAAACGUCUGAAACCAAUAUCGAGAAUCGAAAAAAGGUAAAGUAUCCACACACUGCUGGCAAAACAAGUUUUGCUCGAAUCAUCGAGGAAAAAAGAAGGAAAUGACUGAUACUUCGGAUACUCUAUCAAGUAAGGACAUCUUUGUGGCAACAAGAAAGAGAAAACAUGGUCGAGUAUACAUAAGCUUUCAUGAGAAUACAAUUAGUAAAAUUGCUGAAAUGGAGUGAAUACAAUCAACUCAAUAAAAUGGAGAUGGCAGUGAUUCAGUUGACGCGUUUGCAUCAGUCAUGGGACCUGAGCACCCUGGUCGGGCAAGAUUGUAUGGACGAGGAGUUAACAAGACUGUCUUAAAAAAGAAGAAAAAGGAGAUUUUGGAUCCUCUGUAAAUGCUACUGAUGAUAGAAUGGAGCAAAAAUGGAGGAAAUGGAAGAGAGGAUGCAACAAAAAUUGCUGGAAGAGCUCAAUGCACAAAAGGAAAAAUUGCUGGAAGAGCUCAAUGCACAAAAAGAUGCUAUGGAACAAGAUAUUACGAUGAACGUCGUUACACGACUUCAACAUCUCAACCCCGAUUUAAGACUUGAUCCUGACAUGCUAAUAUUCGGUGCUCGUGCACCUAGUGAAGCUACUUCUGCACAACAAGGUGCUAUUCAACCAAUCAAUCAUCCAUCAGCUGGCAGUAACAACCAAGGUGGAAUAGAUGUAGAUAUGGAAGAUAGAGGCAGUGAUGAAGAUCUAAACCUUACUUGAAUUUUGAAUUAUUGAUUGUUGUAGAUGCAUGUGGCGGUUUCUAGGAAUGUUUGUUAUCAAAAUAUUUUAAAACUUUUGAUCUUGAAAUAUCAAAUGUAUGUUAUCGGUUUCAUCACUAUCUAUGGAUUUAUUAUUAGU